CCGGAAAUAGCAGCAGAGUGACAUCUCUGUCCUCCAACACCGUCACAGUUUGUGCUGCAUGCAGAUAAAGUGUUUGUAUUUCAGGAGGAGACACCUUUAGUACAGCUGCAGCAGAGGUGGACCAGACUGCUGCGGCUCCACCACAAGAUCCGAGUUUACUGAUUAAAAAGAAAAAGAAAAGCUCAGCGAGUUUCGUUUCGGAUGUAAAACAAGAGUCUGCAGCCUGUCUGUCGUCGCCGUCUGCUCAACAUUCAAAAGUUCCUCACUGGAAAGACAGGUGUUGGAAUGAACAGGUCCAGGUCCAGCUGGGAUAAAAAAGCCCCUCAACCUCCAGUCACUCGGCUAACCCGCAGCUCCAGCUCCCAGGCCAGGCACAGCGACCCCGCAGAGCUCCAGGACUCCGGGCCGAGCCCGUAUGGAAAACAACGCAAGAAGCAGACGGACUCAGCUCUGGCCCGGGACCUCAGCCAGAUGAGUGUGAGCGGACAAGACGGUGUACCUACAAGUAAAGGAAAGAUGUCCAAAGGUCCUCAGCCUACUGGGUCCAGGUCCCGGGGCGGUCUUGCCUCUGUGUCUCGGCUGGUGAAGCUUGGCCGCUGUAAGAAUGUGGUUGUGGUAGCCGGAGCAGGGAUCAGCACCGCCAGUGGAAUACCAGACUUCAGAACUCCAGGAACAGGUCUUUAUGCCAACGUGGAGAAGUACAACAUCCCUUACCCAGAAGCUAUUUUUAACAUCGACUACUUCUCCAACGACCCGCAGCCUUUCUUUUCUCUGGCCAAGGCGCUGUAUCCUGGCAGCCACAGGCCCAACUACAUACACUACUUCAUCCGCAUGCUUCAUCACAAAGGCCUGCUGCUCCGAAUGUACACGCAGAACAUUGACGGACUGGAGAAAGUUUGUGGCAUCCCAGAUGACAAACUUGUGGAAGCUCACGGUAGUUUUGCUACAGCUUCCUGUCACCUGUGCUACACUCCGUACCCUGCUGAGGAGGCUAAGCACGCCAUAAUGAAUGACAACGUCCCCAUAUGCACAUUCUGCGCCGCAACAGUCAAACCUGACGUUGUGUUUUUUGGAGAGGACCUUCCACAGAAGUACUUCCUCCACACUGAAGACUUCCCCAAAGCAGACCUGCUAAUCAUUAUGGGCACCUCUUUACAGAUUGAGCCUUUUGCCAGCCUGGUGAAUACGGUGCGCUCCACUGUGCCACGUCUCCUGCUGAACCGGCAUGCUGUGGGUCCGUUUGAGAAGGUCCCACUGCGGAGAAACGACCACAUGGAACUGGGUGACCUGGCGGACACAGUCCGGAGAUUUGCUGAAAUGCUCGGCUGGAGCAACGAGAUCGAAGAGCUGAUGAGUCAGGAAACAGUGAGCUUCACCACAUCAGUAAGCAGCUCUCCAUCAGUGAGCGGACAGAUGCCUUGCCAGAGCACCUCGAACAGCCUGAUGAGCAGAGGAGCAUCAGAGCCUCAGGGCAGGAUGGAGACAUCCAGGUCCAGACCAGGAGCUCAAACAGCAGCCAGCAGCGGCAGCGAGGAGACGGACUCUGAGACGGACAGCAAGAGCACUGCAUCCUCCAGCCCGAGCAACUGAUGCCGCAUGUUUCAUAAAAUAAGACACUGGAAAAGGUUUGAGACAGUUUCCUCUCCUUUGUUCGCAGUAAGACUGUUCUCCGGUAUUCUGUACACACACAAUGUUUUAUCUAAUGGAUUUCAAUGUGUGCAUUUAAGUGGCACAGUGUGUGAGAUGUUCAUAUGUACAAAUAAAAAAAAAAAUCAUAUCAAAGACAGUUUGUCAAGCUCAACAAGCGUAUUUAAGCACUUAUUAUGGAGGAAGGGUCCAUCCAGAACACUAGUCAAUGUUUCAGCCCUGUCCAAAUGUUUCUGCAUGUGUUCUUAAACAGACGCCAGCAAAUGUGUUCAUGUUUUAUAUCAGUACAACACUGUAUUUGAAACAAUAUUUAAUAAAGGUUUUGUGUAAUUUGCA